GGUGAGUUGGUGACCAAGAGUUACGCGCUCCGCUCGCGUCCUCGUUCCUCAACCGCCACACACUCCGCACUACACCUUGCGACUCCGCUCUCUCGAUCCGAAUCCAAGAGCGAAGAAGAAGACGAUGAUGGCGUCGUCUGCUGCCUUGCUCCAAGCUUCCACGGCCUUCGCUCCAGUCUUCUCCCCGCUCCCUUCCCGACUCCAGCCCGCGCCACGGCUCCAUCUCCGCGGCUCCCCCAACCGUCGCCGCCGCGGCGUCGCACUCGCCGCUUCCUCCGCCGCAUCGCCGGAAGUCGAGAAGGAGCCGUCGACCUCGUCCUCACCGCAGGAGUCUGAGUCGGCUGUUGCGGACAGUGUGAAGGUGCUCAAGGAGGCGGCCAAGACAAGGAAGGUGCCUGCACCAGAGGUGCUUUCAGCAUUGUCCAAGAUCAAGAAGGCAAAGCUUGACACAUCGACAUUCUUUGAGACACUCGGCGGGACAGAGUCUCCAGGCAGGACAUGGAUGCUCAUCUUCACUGCUAAGGGUCGGCUGGAGAAAGGGCAGUAUUUCCCAGUGACUGCAGUCCAGCGUUUCGAUGCUGCGGGUAAAAGGAUCGAGAAUGGUAUAUAUUUGGGCCCCAUUGGGUGCUUAACCUUUGAAGGGAGGCUAUCAUGGAAAAAGAAAAUACUUGCAUUCAUCUUUGAGCGUGUUCGCAUAAAGGUUGGACCAUUUGGUCCCCUGGAGAUUGGCCUCGGAAACGGCCGUGAUGGCAGGGAACCCAGCACAAAGGACCCGUUCUUUGUUUGGUUCUAUGUUGAUGAGGAAAUCGCUGUUGCACAAGGCAGAGGCGGGGGAGUAGCUUACUGGUGCAGAUGCCAGCGUGUUCCCUGAAGAUCCAGUUAAUCAGCAUUAUAUAAGAUCAAGGAAUCUUCCUCUGUAGUCUGUAUAGCUAAUAUUCACAUUUUAGAUAUGUGCUUUGUUCGAAAAAAAGAAAAGGGAAAAGAGGUGUACGUGAAGAAAUUUGAGAUGACAAUUAGCCUUUGCGAUGAGGAUGUUUGUAACUGAUUAGAGUUUUCUCUGAUAAUUUCCCUAUUGUCUCA